AUAUAAUAAGACUACAAGGAGCUUUAAUAAUCACAAAAUUUGGGGAUUUUUCUCUCUAUUUUGUUCUAUAUAUCCUUCAUCAUAAUAUAUAUAAUUUUAUCUAUGGGUUCUUUGUCUAACUCCAAGCUUCCUGUGAUAGACUUCUCAAGGGCAAACUUGGAGGCUGCAGGAACAAGUGGUUGGGUGAGCAAAUGCAAGGAUGUGUUGAAAGCACUAGAGGAGUAUGGAUGCUUCGUAGCUGUUUAUGAUAAUGUUCCUCUUCAACUUCAUGAAGACUUGUUUAAUGUACUAGAAGAAUUGUUUGACCUUCCUCCUGAAACCAAAAGGAAAAAUGUUUCUGAUAUACCUUUCAAUGGGUAUAUCGAAUAUGUACCCGACCGACCUUUCUUUGAAUCCAUGGGAAUCACUCGUGCAGAAACUCUGGAAGACACUCAAGAUUUCACAAAAACCAUGUGGCCUAACGGCAAUGAUAAUUUCUGCCAAAAUGUUCAUUCAUACUCAAAGGCAGUGGAAGAGCUAUAUCAGAUGGUGAUGAAGAUGAUAUUGAAUGGCUAUGGCAUAGAGAAGUACUACGAGCCCCAUAUGGAAUCUACCACUUACUCUUUGCGAUUCAUAAACUAUAAUCCUGAAGAAAAUGAAACAAACAUGUUUAUGGUCCCUCAUAAGGACAAAAGUUUCCUUACCAUUCUUCAUCAGAAUGAUAUCAAUGGUUUGGAAAUCAAACCAAAAAAUGGACAGUGGAUUAAUGUUGACUUAGCUCCUUCAAAUUUUAUAGUCAUAGCAGGCGAAGGAAUCAUGGGAUGGAGCAAUGACAGAAUUGAUGCAUGUGAGCACAGGGUGAGAAUGGAAAGUAGAGAGAAAAGACGAACGGUUGGCCUAUUCUCAUACAUAAAAGGAAUAACACAUGUGCCUCAAGAAUUUGUUGAUGAUGACCAUCCAUUAAUGUAUAAACCGUUCGAUCACAUUGGUCUGCUUUAUUUCUUGGCUUCCCCUGAGGGUCAUAGUACUUCUCUGUCCCAUACUAUGAAAGCAUAUGCCGGCCUUUGAGCUCUUAUGUAUAUAUAUCCCUGUCUUUAAAGGUGUGCUCUUGAUCUCUGAAUAAACGUGGAAGUGGUUUCCUAUUUGCU